UAGGCGUGGCUUAAGAGUGUGUGUGUGUGCGCAGCUUUUGUAGUGCAGUGAGGUUCUAGUGUGAGCUUGUGGUGGUGAAAGAUAUAAUUUAUAAGGAUAGGGUUUUUAGCUUGGUCGACGGUGGGGCAUUUUUCGCUAUUGCAACCACACUUCCCUCCCCUCGCUCAAAAAAAAUGUAAAUAUGUCUAGUCCUAAUAGUGCGGAAGUGUCUGGCUCACCCUCACCAGCCCCAAGUAGUAUUGGAAACAAUGCCCCCAAGUAUGGAACUUUGGUCCCUAACAGAGUGUUUGUCGGUGGUAUCUCAGCCAGCACGACAGAGCAGGACCUUCUGGAAUUAUUUUCACAAUAUGGGUCAGUCAAAGCGACCAAGAUUAUCAGCGAUAGGGCCGGAGUGUCAAAAGGCUACGGCUUUGUCACCUUUGAGACAGAAGACGAGGCGAGGAGACUUACACAGGAGGCUGAUAACAUAAUGCUCAAAGACAGAAAAUUGAAUAUUGCACCAGCCAUUAAGAAACAAGUUAGUGAUGUAGGAUACAUGAAGACAUAUUCACCGCGCUUAGUAGAGAGCAGCAACAGUGUAGUAGGAACUGGUGGACCAGUCUUCUUUGGAAAUGCUGCAACCUACACCACAUACGGGAGCACGGUGCCAGUUUUGGCGCCAACAGAGUACCCAACAUUCCCCCAGACCCCGGCAGCGCCCACAACGCCUUCGGCCUAUCCAACCAUCAUGUACCCGCAGCCUGUGUACUACCCCCAGCAGUACCAGUAUCAGCCUACGCAAACCGUUCAGCCACAGUGGGGAGCUGCGCCCCAGUGGAGGUGGAUCACCCCUGGCUCCUACCCUCAGCCUGAGUGCAACUCCCCAUGUGUGGCUGAGCCCAGCAGUCCACCACAUGGGGACUUCACCACAGCUUCUGCCGUGGGAAGCCUGCCCUUCGCCUCUACCCCUGUGUCCCUGGCUUGCCCCUCUACUCCCACCACCACCACCACCACUGUUGGCAAUUCCACUUCCAUGUCUGCAGCAACAAAAACCGUGCAUGACUCCUUGCUGCAGAUCAAACCCCUCGCCGCCACCAUUGCUACUGCCACCACCAGCGGAAAGAAUCCUCAAGGAACUGCAAGGCCGAAGCCCAUGGCACAGGACUCGGUGACUAUGGCUUCAGAUGUGGAUAAAAAUAAUAACGCAACUGAGGACAGCAAGGUGGGUGGGGGAAGCGACGACGGCACUUCUCCCAGUACCCUGCAGACAUCCCACCAAGGUUCCUUCGCUCUCGACCAGCUCAACGACAGCCACUGCCACAGCAGCAACAGCAGCAUCAACAGCAGCCACAGCAGCAGCUCUUCAGCAGUAUCGAGCAUUAUGAGUACAGCAAGCAAGAGCAGUUUCAGCAGCAACAGUAUACACACCAGGCCCCCAAAGGAGAAUGGUUCGAGCCACAAGAAAAGGGUGGAGGAAAUUGGUGUGGAGAAGAUCCCAGUCGAGAGGAACAUGACGAAGGCAACCCCAAGGCCUUUGAACCCACCUGGUGGUGCAACCAGCCCUUCAUCCCCAUGUGGGGCUGGGUCAUGUGUGGACCCUACCAGCCAGCACAGCAGCACACACAAGGCCACGAAACCAAUGGCUUGGAAUGGCUGGAUACCCAUGACAGCCAAGAUCGGAUGGGGGUCCCACCUGGGCCCGUCAUCCUUGUGUCCCCACCACAGUGGGGCGAUGACCCCCGUACCUGCCAGCCCAGUGCCUUUGCAGGCAUCUCGCAUGUUAAUGUCCCCUUCAUGGACUUCCCUUGGGUGGCCCCUGACUCCUCCACCUACCUGCCCAUUAACCCCCAAAGCCAACAGCAGCAGCAGCAACAGCAGCACCAGCAACAGCAACAGCACCAGCAACAGCACCAGCCACAACAGUACCAGCAGCAACACAACCACCACCACCACCAACAAGCACACUUGGUGGCCUCAAAUGGCUUGCUCACCCCACAGCGCAUUGCCGGCCUCCGCACGAGCCCCAUUACCCCUGAGCUCCCAAGCUCCCAAGAGCAGUCGAGGAGGCUUCCUCCUUGGCUCCCCCGGCCAGUCCCCCUACAGCCCUCAGCAAGGAUACAGCUUGUUUUGCAACACAAAUCAGCAACAUUGCCAGCACAAUGACUUCUACCAGCAGCACACCCAGCAACAGCAGCAGCAAGAACAGCAGCCCCAUGAGCAACCGUACCCAGGUGAUGGGUGGCUCUCCCAACCCCUUCCAGGCUCAGUACCCUGGGAGUGGAGUAAAUCAAGCGACAUAUGGGUACAUGAACCAAAGUCCAGUUGUGAUGAUGCCAUACUACCAGUGUGGGGGGACAGUCGGGCCCUACUACCAGUGGCCCUCACCAGUGAUGAUGCAGUGGCCUAUGAUCCCUCUACCAUCAACACAUUACAGUGCCCAGAGCCUGACCCCAACAACAACAACAUCCUCGGGAAUGUCUGGGCCAUACCCCCAUCUGUCUGCUGUGCCCCUCAACCCUCACAGCCAUGGUCCCAGUGCUCCCUCCAAUCUGCAGGGAGUAGCCUCGAAGUCCAUGGACGAAAUGAUAGACCCAUGCAGCAGCAGCAGCAACAGCCCUCAUCAUGGCCACAACACUGGCAGUCACAGCUGUUUGAGCAAAUUGAAUUUACACACUGGUAUGGCAGUGCACCCCCAGGCCCAGGCGAGCCAGGAAACUUUGUCUGGGAUGCUAGUUGUGGGCCCCAGGCGGGUCGAUGGCCACAGGUUAACGCUGUCUGACUCACCUCGGAAAUACCACUCCUCUCCCCACAAGGCAAUACCUUCUCCCCGCAAAUUCCCCCAUCCCCUUGCCCCUCCAAGCCCCAGGGGCCCUCUCCAAGAAAGGCGUUCCUUUAGUUCUCUCACAGAAGCAAGUUUAAGGGCACUGCCAACUCUCCGUGAUGAUCACUGUGCUUUAAUGCCAAUGACACCACCACCCACACCACUCCUGGAAACUGACUCACAUGAAGCAGAUGUUGGCACUUAGAGUACUUCUUAAGGCAAGGUAGCAACUGUUGACCAAAUUUGAUGAGAGUUCAUAUUUAAGUGCUAUGGGUAAAGGAUGAUGGAAAGUGUUAGAAAAACUUUUUUCUUAUUUUUUGUGAUUUGUGGGUUAACAGGAAAGAAUAUCACUCAUGGCAAUAAUUGCCCAAAGUGUGCUUGACUGUGUUCAUUAGGAUAAGGCCUCCUAGAAUGUUUUCUAGGAACAUAUGGUUGUGUUUUCAUGUGAAUAUACUGUGGCUAUGUGAUUGUGCCAAAGUUCACACCUCACCCACUUUCUCCCCAUCUCUCACCCCUCUCUCCACAUUCUAAAACCCAGGUAAAUGCACACAUGUUGAUCUCCCUUUUAGGAUUCAUGCUCUGCCAUUGUAUAACAUUUCAGCACACCAUCCUGCAUGUGAUCUGGCCACUAGGAGAUAUUACACUGAGAUUUCCAUGUCAUGUUUCUUUCUCUUGUCUCUUCUUGUUCUUUUCUCUUCCUUGUGUCUUUCCUGUCUUUCUUCAUGCCACUUAGUUUAAGGACUUUGUGUAUAAGGAGAUUAUAUCUGAAUUACAUGUUUGUUAUUCUGUAAUAUUGUUUAAAGAUUUUGUCUGUAAUUCUCAUAGCAGCCAUCCAUUUCAUUUGUACAAUAUUCUAAUACAUUAAAUAGAUCUUUGUUCAUUCACAAGGAUAACGACCCAAGUCAUUUGAUAUAGAGAAGUCAUAAUGUAUUCCAUUCAGCACAAUGUUGUUAAUAAUGUGACUCAAAAAAUGUUGGAAGACAAUAUUGUAUCUCAUAUUUUCCCAUGUUUAAGGCAGAGUUUUGCAUGCACUUUGUUGUUGGUGAUGGCAUUAAACAGGGAAAAGUGAUGAGUAAGAAAAAAAGGGAAAAAAAGAUAAAAAAAAAAUCAUUUAAAAAAAUGAGAGGAGAAAGUUUCCAUGCAUCUAUAUUGCAAGUUGAUGAAUGUUCUAAUUAAUAGAAUUUGGUUAAAAUUAUCCUAGUUUGCUCACAUGUUCUCAGUACAUCAGAACUAAACCAAUCUUGAGGAGAGAAAAACAAAAUAGAAUAGAAGGGCCAGGGGAGGGAAGUUAACACUAAGGCACAUCGGGAAAUAUUUUCUUUCCCGCUUUCCAUGUGAAUUUGUGCUCUGCUGGUCAUUGUGAGGAAUAUUUACUUGCAAUUUCCCCAAAAAUUUGUUUGCGAAGUAUGUAUAUAUACAUGCACAUAUAUAACUAAUCAUAGAUACACGUGCAUUUGUGUAUGUAUUUUUUUGUCUGAUUGUUUUUUGAUACACAUGCAGAAUGACUUUCAUAUACACAUAUAUAAACAUAAUAAGCAUAAACUUAAACUUACAUAUACUUAGGCAUGACUAAAAGAAAAACACUUUACACCAAAGCGUUUAUAAGAAAAUGAGAAGACCUGGAUAUAAAAUCCAAGUGUUUUGUGUUUAUUUAUUUUUUAUUUAUUUAUUUUUUUUUGUGUGUGUGUAGAGUGUAUUUUUUCCUGCCAUUUGAUGAACAUGAUAAUACUGUUGCCAUUCAUAUAUAUGCAUACAUAUAUACGAGAUGUGCUCUAAGAGUAAAUUCAUUCAUUAGGGUCAAACAUUGAAAUUGCAUUUUGAAUGAGAGAUGUGAGUAUAUACAACACCCAUAGUUAUAGUUGAGAAUUUUAGUUGAACUGACCACAUAAGGUUGUGCAGAGUUACUCUGACUUUUGACAUGUUUCAUGUUUAUUAUAGUUCUAUUUGCCUUUUUCCAUAUAAGCUUAUGUAUGAGAUAUAUUUAUAAAAGAAAGAUAACCAUGUUAUGUAAAAUGCCAAAAUUGUUAUUGUAUAAAUUGUAUUAUGGAAAAUAGGAAGAGGAACCAAAGAUGUGUAUUAGGAUAUUUGACUGGGAAGUGAUUUUAUACUUUGAAGGUAAAACCUUGUUUUGUAUGUGGUAAAGAAAUGGUUUUCUCAAACUUUACCAUUCUUUUAGAUUGUGAUAAUGGUAGAUUUUGUUUCUCCCUCCCCUCUUGCAAGAGAUGUUUGCAAUCAAAUUUAAAAAUUAGGAUACAUUCACAUACAGAAACUUGAUUCCUGAAAAUCUUAAUGCCAUGGAACUUACACAGUUAUGAUGGAUUUAAAUUCCAUGACAAUGCAUUUAACUUGUUACACAGAAGUGAUACAUCAUUUGCAUACAGAGUAUAAGUCUACCAUCACAUGUUAUAUUGCCAAAUCAUAAUGUUUAUGAGAAUAAGGUGUGUGCAUAGUGUUACGAGUGGAAACUAUAUUGUUAUUAUUUGUUAUGUAAAGCCUGGGAGGUCCAGUGUGUCAUGUUUUCAUUAAGUGAAGAGAGAUUGUUUGUAUGUGAUGUGGAUUGAGAAUAUCAUUGCAUUGGUGUUACUUUCCCUCCUUUAAUUUUCAUGGUGCAAUAAUGUCAUUAUUUUAUUUAUUUUAUGUAUGUUUUAAGCAGAGAUCUAUCAAAAUUUUAUUUAUAAACUAUUUAUACUGUAAACAGAUGAAACCUGUAAUAUUCCCUAUAGGUUGUGAGUCGUCCUUUCUGGAAAAUGUAUGAAGGUGACAAUGCGUUCAAUAGGUUAAGCACAUUAACUUGGAAAAUGCCUCUUUAAGUGCCAGGAAAAUUGUAGGGUUAUCCAUAAGGUGGAGGAGUUUCCGCUCACUCUAAAUCUUCUGCCGGUCAUCCAGUGCUUUCUUUUUAAGAUAACUUUGUAAUUGUGUGUACACCAGAAGGACAAUUUGAAGGCUUUUUAACAUCUUUGUUAGAUUUUGAAUAUUGAUGAGAUUAGCAAAGAAGAAAUCAUUUUUGGAUUGCAUUUUCUUUCCAUAUACUUGUUUAGCUACAUGAUUCUUUUUGAAAAGGAUGCAAAUCUAUUUGCCAUACAUGUGUCACCAAGUUGUAUUAUUGUCCAUCGAUAAUUUGAACUAAUUUUGUAUAACUAGCAACGCAAGUGUGAUUAUUGGUUGUAUUUAAAUAAUAAAUGCUACACUAUUGAAGUUAUCUAAUGUGUACCAAAGGCUUAGGCUGGUUGGCAGGACUAUUCAUACAUCCUGCAACAUUGUGCCUCUAUUGGAACACUGGGAAGCCCAUUUUCAGUGUGGGUAUAAGCGUUCCCUUCUUAUUUCGUAGGAUGAAGGUUGAAGAUAACAUUUUGUACCUCCUGUUAAUGUUAAAAUUAAAAGUUUGGGAUAAAUGUGGGAUGAGAUUAUGGGCCUGUGAAUCAAGGAAGCUAGUCGUGUACUUCCUCGUGUGAGUAAAUUAAGCUAUCAGA